GCCUGGGUACCCAUUAUCUAUACAUGUACAUAUAUAACUGAGGUAGAGCAACGCCAGAGGAAGCAGUAGGAGCAGGAUAGUUAGCGGAUAGAUAGGUCUUUGCGUGCGAAAUUGCAUUGCCUCGUGUUACACGUAUACGCGUGUAGGUAUAGAGAAGGAAAAUAGUAUAUAUAGCCGUGGCUAGGCUCUCCGCUGCAGUGAAAGUGCCUGCAGCGUUGUGCAGAAAGAGCUAGAAACCAGUCGCCACUGCAUCUGCCAAUGGCCUCUUCUCGCUGCACCUCGGCUGCUCGCUUCCUCUGACGAGCCCGUUUGGACCCUAUUUCUUCAUCUUCUUCUUCUUCUCUUUCCUUCUGCCUUUUUGGAGAAAAAUUACCGCUGCCGAUUCAACCCCUUGCCGAUCUUUUACCGAUUUUUCCGAGGAUGCUGCCGAUACGACUGACGCCCCUGUGGCCGAUCUUCCUGCUGGGCCUGGCCAAGCUGGGCUACGCCGACAUUAGCGACGGACCGAUUCCCGAGUACGUGAAACAAUGCUCGAGAAGCGAUCCGAAGCUGAAAUCUUGCCUGAUCGGCUCGCUUCACCACCUCCGGCCGUAUUUGAGGGAUGGUAUUCCCGAAAUCGAACUACCCACAGUCGAGCCGUUUUACAUGGACGAGCUGAAGCUGUCGCUGACAGGUGGACGCAACGGUUACACGGUACGGCUGCGCGACCUGUACGUGAAGGGUGCCAGUAACUACACGGUAGUCGGCAUCAAGCUUGGCUCGUCCUUCGAGGCCAAGAUCCACAUGCCCAAGCUUCUCCUUGCCGCCCAGUACACCAGUUCCGGAGUUCUGCUGAUCCUCCCGGCUAGCGGCAACGGCACCUUCCAAGCCAAAUUCGAGGACGUCAGUGUCCUCCUGGGUGGCAACGUCUCGACGCAUCCACGCGACAACAAGACCUACUUGAACGUCGACAACCUCAAUGUCAUCCUCAAAGUGAAAGACAUACACAUGCGCGUCCGAAACAUCUUCCACGGCAACAGGAUACUGACCGAAGCGACGAAUCUUUUCCUGCAGGACAACGGCCAGGAGGUUCUCAAGUUGAUGGAGCCCCAGCUGAAGCAAAAGCUCUCGACCCUCUUCGCCAGCAUCGCCAACCAGCUGCUCCGGCACGUACCGGUUGAAACGUUUUUGCUCCCGUGACGAUCGGCAUAUUAAUAAUUACACCUAAUUGUUGCUAAGGUCUACUCGCAAAGAACAAAUAUAUCGCUCCGAUGAGUUGACUAUUUUUUUUUUUUAUUUUUUAUUUUUUAUUUUUUUUUUUUUGUUUGCAUUCACAUAUUUUUAAUUUUUUGUUACGUAGUUUUACGAUACCGAUGAGAGGAAAUCGUAUACAUGUUUAGCGAAACGCUCCGACUCGAGGUUGCGAGAAUGAUGCUUCUUUCCUACGAUUAUAAUUGCCGUCCGUGACGAAGAUUUGUCA